ACAUCCGGGUGUUUCCACUUUAAGUCACGUGACAAUUAGCAUCGUGGAGGAAGGAAAAAAGACUAAUAUGGCUGAAGAAACAGACACCACAAUGGAGGAAAAGUUGUUGGCUGGUGAUGAGGUUAAAAAAGAAGGAGGAGACACAAUGGACACAAGUGAGGAUGCAGGAGCAUCUGAUUUAGUAGAAGUACAAAAGGAUGAGGAAGAAGCUGAAGAGGAAGAAGAUAAGGAUAAAACAACUGAAAAGCGAGAGGAAGAAAACUCGCUUUUAACCAAUGCUAUCAAAGGACCCAUCAGGCUUUCUGUUGUACUCAUCAAGGAUUUGGGAAAUCAUGAUCUACAUCAAGUUCUGCACAGAUGCUCCAAAGCCACCCUGGAAAUGGAGAGAAGAAGAGGUGUUUUGACCUUGUGGUUUGAUCCAUGGAGAUCUAUCGGAGCUCUUGCCAUUCUCAAGAAACUCGCAAAGUUGCAAUUGUCUGGAGAAGAUUUCAAAAUGGAGUGCCCGAAAGCUUUAGCAUCAAUGCUUGGCUCACAGAAGAUAAAAGAAAAAUAUCCUGAUGCCAAAUUUGGAAACAAAAAUAAAACUCUCUAUGUUCAUGACAUACCACUCGACACUACUGAGGAAGUUUUACGGGCAAUGUUCCCUGAUGUAUCUAGUGUCAACAUGCCCGUCGAUAAAGAGGGGAAGAAGCUGGGGGUAGCCAUUCUGGAUUUCAUAUCUGGAAAGGACUGUGCUGCAGCACUGGAGAGAAAUCCUGCUGUUCUGAUUGGAGAAUCAAACUGUACUGUAGACUGGUACUUUCCUGCACCUGAAGAUGCAGAGGAGCCCCAAGAGAAGCCUAAAAAGCAAAACAGGGAUCACAGUGGUGGCUGGAGGAAGAGAAACCGCGGAGGCCAGAGCAGUGCUAAUUUUGGUGGUGGUGGUGGUGGUGGAGGAGGAUACCGUGACAAUAGGGACAGGGGUUUCCGUGACAACAGAGGUGGUGCCAUGGGCGGUUACGGACAGAAAUACUUGGCAAAACAGGAAAAGAUGAAUCAAAUGUUGAUGAACCAAAUGCAGAACUUGGCCAGCAUGGUGCAGGGGGGAGGAGGAGGACCUCCUCAAGGUUUUAGUAACCAGGGAUAUGGCAACCAGGGGUAUGGAGAUUAUGGUGACCGCGAUCAAGGAUUCGGUGGUGACAAUUUUGGAAACUACCAGUCUGGUUACUAUGGAGAUGAUGACUACUCAGCACCAAAGAGAAUGAAAGGCAACAGACAUAUGAGACGAGGGAACAUGGGUGGAGGUGGAGGAUGGACUUUUGAGUCGGGGACUAAUUUUACCCAAAUCAAUUUACGGGAUAUGCUUGUAGCGAGUCGUACGUUGUUUUUUCUAGUGUCGUCAACUUUCAUCCUGUUACUAGAAUUAAUUUUAGAAGAUGUGGCCACAAAUGUGAACGGAGGAUGGUACACUGAUGAAAAGCUGUUAUUGGCCUCUCCAGGUCCUUGUACGGUUGAAGUUCGAGAUGCGGCAUCUCUUUCACAGGAAGAAUUUUUGAAAAGAUACGCUUACACAAGACCAGUGAUUAUACAGCAUGCAACGGAUAAUAAAGCAUUCCACCAAAUAUGCGAGAAAGAUACCAUGUUGGAAAAAUAUGGAACCAAAAAGAUAAGAUUAAGUUCCGCAAAUACACACUCUUAUGAUAAAAGGGAUGUAACUUUAAAGUAUUAUGUUGAAAAUGUGAUGAAACCCCAGACUUUGGAAAUGUUAGGAAAUGAAACAUUUUAUUGGUUUGGGGACAAUAACUACACUGAAUGGGAGGAGCUAUUUCAUCAGUACACGCCUCCUCCCUAUCGGUUACCAAGGAUGACAGGAGCUUACAGCUUUGGAGUGGCAGGGGCUGGUACCGGUGUGCCAUUUCAUUUCCAUGGUCCUGGAUUUGGGGAAGUUAUUUUUGGCAGAAAAAGAUGGUUUCUGUAUCCCCCGGAGAAAACCCCCUCCUUCCAUCCCAACAGGACAACCUUACAGUGGUUGAUGGAGGACUAUCCAAAACUCCACCCUGAAGACUAUCCGUUAGACUGUACAAUCAAUCAAGGGGAAAUAAUAUAUUUUCCAGACAGAUGGUGGCAUGGUACUUUAAACAUUGACACAAGUGUUUUUAUUUCAACAUUUUUGGGUUAAUAAAAAUGAUACAUAUAUA